GAUAUUGACUUGCAGGUGGAAGAACGCGGAUGAAGAGUGAAUUAUAACUGAUUUGAUGAAGAGGAAUUUUUAUUAGUGAUAAAGCUUAAUUAGAUUAAUUGGAAUGAGUGAUUGAAAGUGUUUCCUCAGAAGCAACAAGAAGGGCUUGCAUGGGCAGCAGCCACUCCAUACUAAAUCUGUACUUUCUCUUUCUGCUAUUUGGAAUCACAACACAAACUCAUGAUUAACACUAAAAGUUAUUAAUUAGAUUAAUCGUAGACGCGGCGACUCGAGCAGAACCUGCAGCAAGAGGCGGUGGCGUGGCGCCCCAUAAUUCUUAAGAGCCAGUUUCAGAUUAAUCGUAGACGCGGCGACUCGAGCAGAACCUGCAGCAAGAGGCGGUGGCGUGGCGCCCCAUAAUUCUUAAGAGCCAGUUUCAGGUUUAGGAAAGCUAAAAAAGAGAGAACUGUAAUUUUAUCCAUUUUUAUGGAGUCAAAAGAAGCACACGAUAUUCCAAAGCGUUGAAAGUUGAGGCAUUUCCCGGGUAAACAUGGAGUUACAAAUUUCUUAAAAGGAUGAGAUCAGCGUUGAAUAAUUCAGAUGAAGAAGAUCAGGAAGAUGGUUCGAGAUGAUGACACGUAUCGAUGAUUACUAUAUAUAGAAGCCUGUUACACUACCAUGGUUAAGGUUCUGAGUUCUGACUGGCUUUUUUUGAGGUUGUCUGAGAAUCUUCAAGUCGAAUGAGAACUUAUCGCCGCUUGUAGCAGAUGACAAAAAACAAAUUUUUGUUGAAGAUGUUUCUGCGACUCGAACAGAUUAGGUUUUUGGAAACUGGCAAAAGUAAUCCUUCCUGGAAGUUCCUUUUUUGGUUCUUCAUCUUUAGCGUACUAUUGUGCUUUGGUUCCUGAUACAGUUUGACAUCCGGAUUUACUAGUGUUUGGUAGAUGCAAAUUUGAAGAGUUAUUGACAUGGAUGAUGCUACUUUUUCUCCUAAUUCAAUGCUUGGGGCCUUCCCGGAAACUGCCAUGGAUUUGGAUUUCAUGGAUGAGCUCUUGCUGGAAGGAUGCUGGUUAGAGACAACAGAUACAUUCGACUUUCUGCAGCCGGGUCCUUUAAGUUCUGCUGCUGUUAAUGACCCACCACAGUUUUUGCCGUGUUCAGCGCCCAAUACUGGUUUGAAUAUAAACAUACACCCUCAUCAACAAUUCUAUCAACAAAAACCAGAAAGAAAGUCCUCUGGAAAUUCUUCACUAGUUUUCCCAAAAAUUGAAGAGCUUCAGGAACAUGAAUCUCAAAACCCUGCAGGUUUUGAGUCUAGUUCUUCUUUUCAAUACGGGCAUUUUGCUGUUGAAGGUUCUGAAUCAGGCAGAAGUUUGUGGACAGCACCUAGUGUGAAGUCAGGCCCUUCUUCAUCAGUGAAGGACAGAUUAUUUCAGGCUAUAAUUCGUUUGCAAGAGUAUGUAAAAGAUAGGAAUGUCCUUGUUCAGGUAUGGGUGCCUAUAAGAAUGGAGGGCAGGCAUGUUCUUACUACUGCUGGCCAGCCAUAUUCUCUCGAUCCAAAUUGCAAGAGUCUUGCAAGUUACAGAAAUAUUUCAGAAACCUAUCAGUUUCCAGCUGAUGAGGAUUCUAAAGAAUUGGUUGGGUUGCCUGGUCGAGUUUUCUUGCGGAAGUUGCCUGAGUACACUCCUGAUGUUCGUUUUUUCAGAAGAGAUGAGUACCCGCAGGUUGGUUAUGCUGAAAAGUAUGGCGUUCGUGGAUGUCUUGCCCUUCCUGUUUUCGAACAAGGCAGCAGGAUUUGCUUGGGUGUUGUUGAGAUUAUCACAACCAGUCUAAAGACUAGUUAUCGACUGGAUCUUGAAAAUGUUUGUCAAGCUCUUGAGGCUGUCAAUCUCAGGAGUUCACAAAACUUCAGCACACCCUCUGCCAAGGCUCGCAGCAAUUUGUACCAUGCAAGAUUGCAGGAGUUAUCAGAAGUGUUGACUUCUGUCUGCCAGAGACAUAGCUUUCCCUUAGCUCUGACGUGGGUCUCCUGUGACAAUGAAGCUGAAGGUGGAUGCCUGCAGUCUGAUGAGAAUUAUGCUCAUUGUUUUUGUACUGUGAAUUCUGCUUGUUUCGCGGCCAGUGAAAAACUAUCAGGCUUUCUUGAUGCAUGCUCUGAGCACCAGCUCCUUCAAGGCCAAGGACUAGUUGGCAAAGCAUUCUUAACAGGACAACAGUGUUUUGCAGCUGACAUAACUGCAUUUAGCAAGUCAAAGUAUCCUCUCUCGCAUCAUGCUCGGUUAUUUGGUUUAAGUGCUGCUGUAGCAAUUCCACUGCGGAGCAUAAACACCGGAUUAGUUGAAUAUAUCCUGGAAUUCUUCUUUCCAAAGCAAUGCCAGGACACUAAAGAGCAAAAAUGGAUGCUGAAUUUGUUGUCUAUGUUUAUAGAAGAAUCUUGCCAGACUAUAAAUCUUGCCAUUGGCAAGGAGCUGGAGGAAAUCAUUUUGCCCAUUAGGGAAACGGGAGUCGCUUCAGAUGUUUCUUCCCCUUCUAAAGAAACAUCAUCAGAACAGUCAUCUUGGGUUGCACAGAUGAUAGAGGCACAACGAAAGGGUAAGGGUGUCUCUGUCUCAUGGGAUUAUCAUAAAGAACCAAAAGAAGAGUUCAGUGUGACCACACAUUGGGAUGAUGCUCGGGCAGAAUCAUACCAUAGGCAGGUUUUUCCAGAGCUUGGGCAAUUUCCGCAGAAUUGUGUGGCCAAAAGUGGUGUUGAGGGCGGUGUGGAUUCAUCUUCCCUUCGUGGGCGCCGGUUGGAAGGAAUCAGAAAAUCAGGAGAGAGGAGGCAAACCAAGACAGAGAAGACAAUCAGCUUACAAGUUCUCCGACAAUAUUUUGCUGGGAGCCUUAAAGAUGCUGCUAAGAGCAUUGGUGUGUGCCCUACAACUCUAAAAAGGAUAUGCAGGCAACACGGGAUCACCCGUUGGCCUUCACGAAAGCUUAAGAAAGUAGGUCACUCUUUAAGGAAACUCCAACUUGUGAUCGAUUCAGUCCAGGGUGCCGAGGGUUCUAUUCAAAUUGGGUCCUUCUAUGAGAGCUUUCCAGAAUUGAGCUCUCCAAACGAUUCUGGGAAUGGUCCUUUUUCAUCAGUGAAGACAGGUGACCAUUCGAAGCCUUUAAAUUCCCAACCUGACAAUGGUUUAUUCAGGAUGGCUCUUACUGUUUCAAAAUCCCCAUCCCCGUCUUGCAGUCAGAGCUCUGGUUCAAGCACUUGUUGCACUGGCGCAAACCAGAAUACCGCUACCAUCAGUGCCUUGAGUAGUAGAGACACACUGGAUGUACAAGACUCUGGUAGGAUGCUAAAGCGGGCUCACAGUGAUGCAGAUUUAAAUGCCAUGAAUCAGGAAGAACCAAAGUUCAUUGCAAGAUCACAAAGCCAUCUAAAUCUUGAGUCUCUACCUCCCUUGCCAAAAGGUCGAAAGCACUCUCCACAAGAUAGCAGUACCUUCAGAGUCAAGGCAACUUUUGGAGAAGAAAAAAUACGGUUCAGCUUGCAACCAAACUGGCUAUUUAAAGACAUCCAACAAGAGAUUGCAAAGCGUUUUAGUAUAGAUGAUUUUAACAGAGUCAAUAUCAAGUAUCUGGAUGAUGAUCAUGAGUGGGUUCUUUUGACAUGUGACGCAGACCUAGAGGAAUGUAUAGACAUACAUAAAUCAUCUCAGAGCCACACAAUCAAGGUCUCCCUUCAGGUAGCAUCUCACCUGAAAUUAGGAAAGGUCUUGCAUAGCUCUAUGCCAUACUAGAAUGAUACUCGAAUUUCUGUAGUUCACAGUGCCGAAAUUCAAGAGUAUAUAUGGCUAGAAUGUUGUGGAGCUGGCAGCUUACCUAAAUGGUGGGAGAUCUUUUUAAAUAAUUAGUAGAUUUGGAAUUAUGUCACUUUAAUUUUAGUGUGACAGCCAAGGAAUCUACACUUUUAUGGAUCACUGGGUGUUGUGAAAAUAUAAGAAACUGUAGAAACUUUGGGGACUAGAAUAAGGAAUUUGCCUGCAUGUGAAUCAUGUAAUUGCUAGACAAAUAUUGGAUUAAGAGGAUUGAUGGUGUGGAUUAUCACACCUGCUUUCUUUACUAUGUCUGUAUUUGAUUCUAAGGAUAUAAUACUGAGGCUUGAAAGCUUCAAUGGUGCCCCAAAUUCAAUGUAACUUUUCAUUUUAAUAGUUACCUGCUAGAAUGUACAAUAAAUUUCCCAUUCUCCGUGAA